AAACGGUAAUUGCUGUCCCUGCUGCUAUUAAUGCGAUAAACUUGUGGGAGAAAUUAAACAGACGUUGCACAUUCAAUAUCCUCUCUCUUCCUUUUUCUUUUGGAUUUCAUUCCCUUGUGGGGUUUCAAUUCAAUAUUGAAACUCAACAGGGAAUGAUUUUUUUUUAUGCCUAAAACCUUCAGGAUUCAUUUGAUAUGAACAAAAUGUUCAGGUGUUUGAUUCUCAUGUCAUUGGUGUUGCAUGCAACUUCAGAAUCAAAAAAACUUCCAGCGGCCAACAAGAAAUGGCUAACUCUAAAUGGACAGCCGCCUUCUGUAAUUGCACGAGGUGGGUUUUCAGGGCUUGCCCCGGAAUCCUCUCUCAUGGCGCUUCAAUUCGCAAAGGACUUCGGCGCCCCAGGGUUGGUUUUUCUGUGCAAUUUACAAUUAACAAAAGAUGGCGUUGGAUUAUGCCAGGAAAAUGUCAACCUUGAAACUACAACAAAUAUAGAUAUCGUGAACCCAAAUGAAGCAAAAACCUACAAUGUAAAUGGGAAGGAUGUUAAGGGGUGGUUUUCUGUGGAUUUUACAAUUGAUGAUCUUAAAAAAAAUGUAACAGUGAUGCAAACUACAUUAGGUCGGCCAGAUUUUUUUGACGAUCGUUUUGGGUUGCUUACCAUUGAUGAGAUUUUCGGACUUGAAUUCGAAUCAUAUUGGAUAAAUGUUCAGAACGAUAUGCUCUACACCCAACACAAACUAAAUUUGGCAUCAUAUAUUCAGAAGGAAAGAUUAUUUCGAAAUGUGCAAUACAUCUCUUCUCCAGAGAUUGGUUUCUUGAAGACAAUGAAUGGAAAAGUGAACAAGGCAAAGACUAAGCUCAUCUUUGUUUUCCAUGAAAAAGAUGCAAUUGAACCCUCAACCAACCAAACUUAUGGUUCAAUAUUGGAAAAUCUUGCCACAGUCAAGGCAUUCGCAUCUGGGAUUGCCGUACCGAAAAAUUACAUUUGGCCUGUAAACAAAGCCAACUAUUUGGAGAGCUCCUCCACUACUCUUGUCCUUGAUGCUCAUAAACUGGGUCUACAAGUAUAUGCUACUGGCUUUGCAAAUGACUUGGCUACAGUAUUUAAUUAUACUUAUGAUCCUGUGUCCGAGUACUUGCAAUUUAUCAAUAAUCCCCAGUUUUCUGUUGAUGGAGUGAUUACAGAUUUCCCUCCCACAGCAGCAGAAACUAUUGUAUGCUUUGCCUCUUACAGUGAAUUAAACUAUACUAGUAAGGAUAAACCUUUGAUCAUAACUCACAAUGGAGCAAGUGGAGUUUAUUCUAACUGCACAGAUCUUGCUUAUCAACAAGCAUUAAAUGAUGGAGCUGAGAUUAUUGAUUGCUCAGUUCAAAUGACAAAGGAUGGGAUGGCAUUCUGUAUGGGCUCUGCAGAUCUUGCAGAAGAUACUACAGCACUGACUACCUUCAUAUCCCGAUCUGCCACUAUCCCAGAAAUUGGGCCGAAUGCCGGAAUCUAUUCUUUUGAACUCACAUGGAGUGAAAUUCAGACAUUGAAACCUAAUUUGGGGAGCCCAUUUGCAAACUCUGACAAAUAUCCAAGAAAUCCUGCAUACAAGAACGCAGGUAAAUUUCUGAAUCUGGCUGAGUUUCUGGAACUCGCCAAAGCCAAGGCAGCAUCUGGAAUUUUAAUCAACAUAGAGAAUGCUGCUUACCUAGCUUCAAAAAAGGGUCUUGAUAUAAUAGGUGCCAUUAGCACUGCCUUGAGCAAUGCCUCUUUUGACAAGCAGUCCACACAAAAAGUCCUAAUCCAAUCAGAUGACACGGCAGUGUUGUCCAAAUUUCAGAAUGUCCCCGCAUACACAAGAGUGUUUUCCAUCAAAAACGAUAUAAGUGAUGCACCCUUGAAAUCUGUAGAUGAAAUCAAGAAGUUUGCUGAUGCAGUUAAUGUGCCAAGAAGAUCCAUCUAUCCAUCACCCAAAGGCCUUGCUAGAGGUCCAACCAAAGUUGUAGACGAAUUGAAAAGAGCCAAUCUAAGUGUAUACGUCUCAGUCAUGAGGAAUGAAUUUUUCUCUCUUGCAUUUGAUUUCCUCUCUGAUCCUACUGUAGAAAUUGCUAGUUUUGCUGGAGGUUCUUCUUCUGACUACAACCUUGAUGGGAUCGUGACCGAGUACCCAGCAACUGCAACCAGAUAUUUCAGAAGUAAAUGUUCAGAUGCCAACUUCAAUACGUACAUAGUACCUAUGCUACCAUUUCUAAGUGAUGCCGCUCCUUCGAAUUUUCUAGGACCAGCAGCUGCCCCUAAUCCAGUCCUGGAUGUCGCAGAUGUUGUUGACCCACCACUACCACCACUAGCCAAAAUUACUGAGUCCAGUAGCAGUCCUGCUCCAACCAGUGAGCCAAAAUCUCCUUCAAGCGCUGCUCUACCAAAUGUAGCUGGUUUGGGCCCUUCUCUGCUAGCAACUUGGGUGUUAGGUCUGCUCUGCAUUGGAUAUUAGUCAGGGCAUGUAAGAAGCAUGGAUAAUAUGACUUGAAACUGAAAUAUUUAACCUUGUUACUUUCAUGUACUUGCCAUAGCAUCUUAUUCUAUUCCUUGAGAAUCUGUACUAACUAGUUAAGAGAUUGAUAUAAGAGUGGCCUAUUGAUAUCAGUUUUAAUGGAUGGUUAGAUAAAAAACACAGC